AUGGCUGUGAUUGUCCGCCCGGCCACAGAAAGCGACCUGUCCCAGAUCCGAGACAUCUUCGAGUACUAUGUCCUAAAUACUGUUGUAUCUUUCCUGACACAAAAGCCUCCACCGGAUUACAUCGCCACUCGAUUUCGUGAGACGACCAAGAGAAAUCUACCAUACCUGGUCGCAGUGGAUGACGAGGAUCGAGUUGUGGGCUAUUCAUACGCCUCAGCAUUUCGUGGCUUCAUGAUAAGCUACGGCCACACGGUUGAGAUAAGCCUCUUCUGUCAUCCAGAACAUAAGGGCCAGGGGAUUGGGAGCCAGAUGAUCAAACAGCUCAUCAGCGCACUGCGCACAACGAAGCACCUAACGAGAGAGGUUGGGUAUGAAGACAAUCCCAUCGAAGUCGAGGUCAAAAAGGUCUUGGCGAUCAUGGCCGUGGAUGAGACUGGUCCAGGUCAGGGCCUUGUAUUGCGCGAUUGGUAUAAGAAAUGGGGGUUCGAAGAGGUGGGAAGAUUGAAAGGUGUGGGCUUCAAGAAAGGCCGAAUGUAA